UGGACCUACUGGGCUUGGAAACAAGUCGGAAAGCUGCUGGGGAGCCUGGAUGCCAGAAGAAGGCUUGUAAAUACAAAGGAGCCUGAGCUUGACUGUCCUCUGGAGAGAAGAGUCUUCAGGGGUAAAAAUCAAGAGCCCAGAACAUGCUUUUCUCCUUCUAAACUUCACUCUGAGCAGGCCUUGCUCAUGCUGCCACCAUAAUAUCUGAGAACUUCCCAGACUAAAAGACUGCCAUAGCAAGGUCCCUACUUGACCUCAUGGAGUCUUCUGCUCUUCUCCCUUCCCCAGUGUUGGGAAGCACCAGCCGGGAGCUUCCCAGAGCUCUGUUUAUUUCCUCAGGCUCCGUCAUGUCCUGCUUCACGCGCCUAUGGCAGUCCAACCCCCCGGACUCUCCCACCAGCCCCGUCCCUGCGUCUCCCAGCGAAAUUCCCAUCCCCAUCAGCCCCAUCGUUAUCACGUCCCCGGGAGAGAGCAAGAGGAAGGCAAGGUCCCCAACGGACAAGCCCGGCUCUCCCAAYCCAACUUCUCCCAAGCCAACGUCCCCCGUCGAAUGCUCCAUCUGCUUCAACACCUACGACAACACCUUCAAGACGCCCAAGCUGCUCCAGUGCUCCCACGUUUUCUGCCUGGAGUGCGUGGCUCGCCUGAGCACGGGGCUGCCCCCCAACCAAGCUGAGGACCAACUUCCAUGCCCCUUCUGCAGGCAGCUCACCAGCAUCCCUCUGGAAGGGGCUCCAGCCCUCAAGACCAGCAAGGAGCUCCUGGCCACGCUGCCCCCCGAACUCCAGCAGGAGAAGGUGCUUUGGAUGGAGGGGACCAAGCUCUGCUGCCGCCAGGCAUCAGAAGACCCUGAGAACCCAGACUCGUGCAUCUCCAUCGACGUGGCCAUGAGCAAGCCUGAAGAUCCAGAGCCCCCUCCGGCAGGGCUAGCGGGGAGGCUGUCCCGCUGCGACAUGUGCGACGACUGGAAGCGCAUCCUCCUCCUCUCRGCGCUCAUCAUCAUCCUCUUCUGCAUCAUUCUGUGGCCGGUGCAGUGCGCCCUGAAGACCGGGAACCUCCGCUGCUUCACGAGAACUGUUGCAAUGAGCAGGCCGGAGUAUCUCCCCCCUAAACACACCACAGCAGCAGCCCCCGUGACGCAUCCACCCUUCCAGUAGCAGCGCUGCAGCAGAGCUGUUGCCUCCCUCCCGCCACCUCAGGGAUACCAGAGCCUUGCAAAGCCACGCUUGGGCUUUAUAGGACUGCUAGGAGUCCUAGAGGUGUCCCACGGGUGUCCUCCCGCCUGGGCUGGACGCCCAGGGACAUAAAGGGCUGUGCUUGCACCUUGGUGGAUCCACACGCUCAUUCCGAAGAGCUGGGKUGGGGAGGGUAAAUCCACACCCAGGCGGUGUAAAAACCGGGCUGAUAAAAACCCAGGCUGAUAAAAACCAACCUUAUUCCACGGACUUGAAACAUUUCAAUUGGGUUAUUCAGGGCCGGUGGUGUCGAACGCUGCCAGCCGCUGUUGAAAUGUAGACGUUAUUGCUGCCACCAUCCAGGCACUGCUGAAACGCUGGGCCCGGCUGCCGUUUCUUCCCUAAGGCAACGUGUGAGCRCUCACCCCUUGCCCAGAAAGGGGAAGCAAAUUCCUUUUGAAAACGCAGGUGCACCUGACCCAGCCCCAGCAACCUCCCCCAAGGUCCUAGUGU